AUGUCGAUGUCUUUAAGUCAGGUUCCAGGUGUCAAUGGGAAACUUCUUCGAAGAAUUCAUCGAGCCUGUAAGCCUACGCUGGAUGAACCCAAUCUUGCCUUGAAUCUAGAGAUUUGCGAUCUGAUCAACGAAAAACAGGGUUCGUUGCCUAGGCAGGCAGCCAUUGCCGUGGUCAAACUCGUAAACUCGAGAGACCCGCAAGUCAGUGAGCUCUCAUUGUCUUUGUUGGAUAACUUAGUCAAGAAUUGUGGUUAUCCUUUUCAUUUACAAAUUUCUCGUAAAGAGUUCCUCAAUGAGUUAGUUAAGAAGUUCCCUGAUAGGCCCCCUCCAAGGUACACUAGGACCCAACGUUUGAUCCUGGGGGCCAUUGAAGAAUGGACCGAAACGAUUUGCAAGACCUCUAGAUAUAAGGAGGAUUUCGGCUUCAUUAGAGACAUGCAUAGAUUGUUGGGUUUCAAAGGGUAUAUAUUUCCCGAGAUCAAGAAGGAAGACGCCGCUGUUUUGAAUCGUUCCGACCAUCUGAAAUCCAUUGAAGAGUUGCAGAAAGAAGAGAGACUUGCGCAGUCGGCCAAGUUGCAGGAGCUUAUUAGACGCGGUAGACCUCAAGAUUUGAAGGAGGCUAACAAGCUUAUGAAGGUAAUGUCUGGAUUCCAAGAAGACAAAUCAUUUGAAGUCAGUAAACAGGAGGUUGCCGAGAAUAUCGAGAAGUUAAAGAGAAAAGCAGAUAUUUUUGGUGACAUGUUGAACAAUGCUACGAAUGUCGGUAAGAUUGAUCCAACCGAUGAAACAAUUUCUGAAUUGUAUGGAACCCUCAAGUCAUCUCAAUCUACGAUCCAAAAGUUAGCACAAGAAGAAAGUGAUGAUCCAGAGGCAGUCAACACAUUGUUGUCCCUGAACGACCAAGUCUACUCCCUCCUGGAAAAAUACAACUUCCUAAAAGAGGGCGAUAUAUCUAAUGCCUCUAAGGUUAAGUCUGGUGGUGGAAUCAACUUAAUUGAUUUUGAUGAUGAUGAUACUGGGUCAGUUUCUCCAGUUAAUGCCAAUACAAACGAGUCAGAUGCUGUGGCAGAUCUUUUGAGUGAUUUAACUUUCAACGAGAGGCAGGCAUCUACUUCUGUGAACAACUCUAAUUCUAUCAACGAUUUAUUGAACCUUGGAAGUGGAACCAUUCAUUUGGGUUCUCCAGGCCCUCAAUCUCAAAUUCAAGAAGCACAGUCACCAUCACUCCCUCAACAACAGUCGAACUCUGCACUUGAUGACCUGCUUAAUUUUGGGUCUGCCGCUAAAUCCACUGGAACUACCACUGCCCCAGCCGCUUUAGACCCAUUCGGUAUGGAUUUCCCAUCUACUACCAACUCAGUUGUAUCUCAAAAGAGGUUUUUGUUGCACGAGUCCCACCAUAUCAAGAUUGAAUACGAAGUGCAGUCUGUCAACCCAUUUCACUUCCGCUUCUUUUACUCUAAUGUGGCUGUGCAGCCAGUCACAUCAUUCCAAUUCCUGGUGGCCGUUCCUAAGCUUUGGGACUUACAACUGAAGCCUCAAUCUUCCAACUUCUUGGCUUCUAACACUAAGGAUGCCAUUUGGCAGGAUGUUACCAUUACUUCCAAAUCCGGCGAUUCUUCCGCUAAGGAUGUCAAGAUAAAAUGGAAAAUUGAUUAUGCUGUCAGUGCAGUAACUGCCGUUGAAGAUGGUGUAGCCGUCAUUCCACAAUCGCAGUAA